AUGUCGAAGACAAAGUCCCGAAAACAAGUGGAAGUGGAAGUGGAAGAAAAGAAAGAGACGAUCGUUGAAAAGAAGACAAAACGGAAACAAGUGAACGAGGAUCAGGAUCACGCAGAAGGAUCAGCAACCAAGAAGAAGAAGGGUGGCGCCGACAAAGGAUCAAACGCUAGCAAACAGAAGGCAAUGGACGGUGAAGAAGAAGCAAAGCACAAAGACCCUGCUGAUCACAAGAAGAAGAAAGAUGGCAAUAGUAGCAACACCCCUUCGAACAAGAAGAAGGAGAAACCAGCAAAGAACUCGAACAAAUCACAAUCAGCGUCUUCUUCCAACAAGAUCCAUCCCGUGCUUGUGAGAGGCUUGUUCGAUGUCAGCGUCGCGGACCUGCAGGAUCUGUUCAGCGAGUGCGGUCAGACUCGGCAAGUGAAGAUCAAGGGGAACGGAAAAGCGAUCGUCGAGUUCAACGAUAAGGCAGCAGCUCAUACAGCGAUGAGUCUCAAUGGGACGGAAAUCGAUGGGAAAGUUCUCAAAGUCUCGAAACUGCCGCCAGAGGAGGCGACAGGAGCCCAGGACGAGAAGGAGGACGACGGGUACUCGACCUCUGUGUGCAUCAACAGUGUCCCGCCGGGUACGACAGUGCAGGAGGUGAAGGAGGCAUGCUUGAAGCACGGAGGGGUGGUGAAGGUGAAGAUGGACAAGAAGAGGGAUGGAGUUGCCUUCUGUGAGUUCGAGGAGAAAGACGCUGCUCGUCAGGCCGCGAAGAAGAGUAUCAGGAUAGGAAGGACUCUGUGCAAGACCGUCCAGCUGAAACAAGAGUCUGUCAAAGGACCUGAGGUAGAGAAGAAGGAAACUUUGACAGCGAAGGCAAAGAAAAACAUGCAGACAACUGUGUUAGUGAAGAAGCUGAGCGAAGAUGUCGACACAAAAAUUCUCUCAGAGUUCUUCUCCAAGUGCGGUGAGGCAAUGGAAGUUCGAAUGGCGUCAGCUCAUGGCGAGAAGAUUGCUUUCAUUAAGUUUGGAACAAAGACAGCCUUCAGGAAGGCGUUGAAGAUGAAAGGAACGGAGCUGAAGGGGAUGAAACUACUUGUGUCUGCUGCCAAGAACGUCACUGAGCGAAGUGAAGCGCAAGAGCAUCAGAAGCGACCGAAACCUGCCUCCUGCCGCACUAUCAUCGUCAAGAAUCUUCCCUACGCCAUCGGAGACACUGAGGAGAAGAUAAAGAACAAGAUCAAGAGAGUUUUCAAGGUGUGCGGAACUGUCAAGGACGUCAGGCCCUUCAUGGAGAGGAAGCAGAAUGGGGAGGAUCCGACAUUCAAGCGUCUAUGCCAUGUUCGCCCACCAUUGACAGCCCAGCAGGGGAUGGCGUAUGUUGAAUUCAACGAGUCUGAGGCUGCAGAUGCGGCGCUUAAGAUGAACGGUCGAGACAACGAUGGUCGGCCGAUGAAGAUUGACUGGGCGGACAACAAGGAGAUUGCCCUCAAGAAGAAGUUCGGAACAGGAAAGAUCCCCCCCAAGCCUAGCGUUGGAAAGAAAGGAAAGAAGCAAGAAUGA